AUGUUGCAAGAGGCCACCACCAUGGCCUCUUCUACAUCCUCCCCUGCGCUUUCUUCGCCCCCAAUGCCUCGGCCCGAAUCUCCAGAAGCUCUGCUACCAUUCAAAAUCGACCUCGACGUCGGCCUGAACCUAACGAUCCCACAGAUGAUGUUCGUCUCCGGCGAAACCGGCGAACCAUCACCCGAAACAACCACCCUGAUCGAAUCAAUUGUCCAAGACCAAGUCCAGCACAUGCUAAGAGAAUGCACAGCUCUAGCCACACGUCGCGGCAGUAAAUCCAUAUCCACAGACGACCUCUUCAUGCUGAUCCGACACGACCGGGCCAAGAUCUCCCGCCUUCGGCACUUCCUCCAAUGGAAAGACGUGCGACGCUCCGUCAAAGACUCGGACGACAAAGGCGGCGAUGGCGGCGCAGACGUCGGAGCCGGAGAUGCAGACAUAGCCGCCGGCGUGGUAGGAGCAGGUGGCCCCGGCGCCGCCCCCGUCGACGCCUCGAAGAAAGCCAAGCGCGCAAAAGUCGAUCUAGUCUGGGACGUGCAUUCCUUCUUCACUGAGUUCCCCCCGCAAAAAGACGAUGUCGAAGACGAAGAAGAAGAGGAAAUGAACUACGCUACCCUUCAACGCCUCAAAAACGCAGACGAACGUACCAAAGACAUGACGAGGGAGGAAUAUGUCCACUGGUCCGACUGCCGCCAAGCAUCCUUCACAUACCGCAAAGGCAAGCGUUUCAAAGAAUGGGCUGGGUUCGGCCUCAUUACUGAUUCCAAACCUUCCGACGACAUCAUCGAUAUCCUCGGUUUCUUGACGUUCGAAAUUGUACAGACGCUUACGGAGGAGGCGCUCAAGGUCAAGGAUGCGGAGGAUCUCUAUAAGAAGAAUCACGGUGGUGAGCAGAAUAGGCUCAAGAGGAAGAGAGAGCGCGGUCUGUUUGAUCCGCCAGAGGAGGCAAGGGAGCCCGUGCAACCGAGUCAUGUGCAGGAGGGUUACAGGAGACUGCAGAGGGGAAACAACAAGGCGAAGGCUAUGCUCAAUUUCACAAGGAACGUGCAUAGGGCGGCACUCAAGUUGAUCUAG